CAGACGUCGGCAGCCGAGCCGACAAGUUUUCCGUAAGAUAAACUGGCGGCAGGCGGCGCCGCGCAGCUCACCACGCCGUCCCGUCGACGGCGACGAUCCAGUGUCGGCCGUGGCGUCGACGGCGACGAUCCAGUGUCGGCCGUGGCGUCGACGGCGACGGAAUCGACGGAGCCGUCGGAGUGGGCGGCGGAGGCUGGUGGCAAGGUCACGCAGCUGUCGACGAGUGGAUCACCCGGACGGCUCUCCCCGGUAAGCAGCGCCGGCGCAUCCUCCCACUGGACGGCACGGUCUGAGUGUCGGACGCCGAGUGCCACUCAGACUGUCGAGUGUCGGACUCGGCGGCGGAUUCUGAGAGUGUCAGGGUGUCAACUUAAGCCGACUACGGCGCCGAGGACUGCCCACAGAGCGAGCGGCAAUCUCAGCUCGGUAAUCCGCGGUCCAAAAUAGUUUCACCGCUGACCCCCGACGCCUGGUCACUGGGCAGUCUCCUGCAGCACUGCAAGAGGUCAGCUGAGGGCACCUAUGGUGGAAGAUCAGCCAUCCCUGUUGGCUAGGGGGGAGUGCGCUUGGAAAUCGCCUUCGCAGUGACUGACACGAAAGGCGAACCGGUAAACUAUGCAGCAAACCGGAAAGUCGUGAAGCAUCGUUGGGAAUGCGUGCUACGAUCAUGAUGAGUGAAUUUGAACUGGCUAGGGACGUUCGAAGUUGACCCGUGUCUGAGUUUUUGGACUGGUGUGUAGUCAAUUGCCAGUGGCAGACCACCGACCACGAACUGCAUACUCCCGAGUCCCGAUACCACUGCAGUGUCUUCGGCAGUGUCUCCAGUGCCGUUUCCCACCAGCCGCGUCGCCAUGGUGAAGCGGAACAAGAAGUGCUACCGGCUGCGCUACUACAUCAAGGUGUUCUUCACGCACCUGUUCUCGCACGUGGGUCUGUGCGGCCUGGUGGUGGGCUACUCGGUGGUCGGCGCGUUCCUGUUUGAGUCGCUGGAAGGCCAGCCUGCGGAGCCGACCGAGCGGCCGACGCUGCCCCGCGACAAGCGCCGCGAGAUCGACGACUUCCGCGCCAGGUGUCUGGAGGAGCUGUGGGCAAUAAACAUGAACCAGUCGAUCCUGCCCGUGCUGCGGAAGCCCAACUGGACCGAGCUGACGCUGCCGAAGCUGCAGCAGCUCGAGGAGAGCAUCAUCGGCGUGGUGACGUCGCAGCGCUCCAACGGGCGCGUGGAGGUGGUGGAGUGGUCCUUCAGCUCGGCACUGCUCUACUCCGUCACCGUUAUCACUACCAUCGGUUACGGCCACAUCACUCCACGCACCGACGGCGGCAAGAUAAUGACCAUCUUCUACGCGCUGAUCGGCGUUCCUCUGAUGCUGCUCUGCCUCACCAACAUCGGCCAGCUGAUGGCCAACACCUUCCGCUUCACCUACUGGUCCUGCACGGUCAUCUGGAGGCCGCGCCGGCCGCAGGCCACGCGCACCUCCGUGCGCUACUCGCAGAAACGGAGCAGCGCCACGGCUGCGGCCGCCGCGGCCGCCGCCCUAACCUCGGUGUCUCCUGGGAUGGAGUUCGAGGAGGUGCGCUCACAGCUGGGACCGGCAGGGGACGCUGCGAGGGCGCGGAAUGCCUCCGGGGGGCGGACGGUGAUCGUCAACGAGCUCGGUGUGGUGACGAGACACGUUCCUAAUGAUGUGGGGAUGGGUGUUCGAGCGGUGCAAAACGGCCCGAGUGGAACGCUGAGGACCUCUCCUGCAACCCGCGGCGGCUCGCUAUUGCGGCAGCAACACACUCCUGUGGGUACUCUGAUGCGACAGCAGAGCAGCCCCGCGGGCACCCUGGUGCGUCAGCCGAGCAGUCCGGGGGGUAUCAUCAGGAGAGCCCAGUCUCAGUGAGCCCGACUGCCGCGGAGUGAGCGCCGGCCCCGGGGACCUUCUGCGCACCAGCGGUCCCGCCACCCCGAUCAAGCUGCUCGACAAGGAGACGCGGGACAUUCUGGUGGAGUGUGCCGAGUACGUGCUCACUGAGGAGCUGAGCUCGCUGCUCGAGACGUCGCCGCAGCGACGAGGGGCGUUCCGGGACCGAUCGGGUUCCAAGUCGGAGACAGCGGCUGGUGGGGCUGGUGCAGGCGGUAUAAAUGGUGUAGGCGGUGGCCCUGGAGGCGCUGGUGGUGGUGUUGGUGCUAGUGAUACAAAUGUCAAUGGUCCUUCUGAAGGUGGCGAUGUUGAAAAUGAAACUGUUGCUGUGCCUCAUGUAAGUGGCGACAAAUUAGUUGAUACUGCUGAUGACCCAGAUGCUAUCAUUGAUGUGAUCGAGGCCAUGGCGGGCGGCGAUGCAGAGGGUCCCGUGACGCCAGUCACAAAGAACCCGACAUCAGCGACGAACCACGUGACGUUCUCCACGCCUGUGGAGAGUGAGAAGCGCCAGCCGCCGACCCCGCCGUGUCGGAAGAGCAGCCUGGCGUCUCGGCCGCGCUCGGGCCGCAACUCGGCCGGCUCCAGCGGCCGGAGCAGCCCACAGCGACCGCCGACCUUCCCAACAGAGGUGCCCCCGCCGCCGCCCUCAGUGAAGACGGUGACCGCCGGGAGCGUCUCGCCUUCCUCCUCGGCGGCGGAGCGGGCCCGGCGCCGGUCGGACGCC